AGUAACAAUUAGUAAAUUAGUCUUAUUUUAGAAUUGAAAACAAUUGGAACGACGUUGAAUGGGAUCGCAAGUUUAAGUCCCACACCGAUUGUACCGCAGCGUACCUGUAUCACUUUUUGUUUUGCUCUCGGUCCCGAUAAUAAAAGUAAAAAGAAAAUGAUGAACCGUAGAAUGUCGAUCAGUUUAAACGCUCAGUGAACGUUGAGCCAAGCGGUUAAGGGGUGCUUAAAAAUAGGCGAUUUGCCAGUGUAACGUGCGAACAAAAUUGAAAUUAAAAUAAAAUUAAAGAAAUGAGUGUGGAAUUGAUUAAACAUUGAAGAAAGUGUUAAGAAUUGUUGAAAUUGUUGCCACAGUAAAUAUAUACCCACAACAAAUUUGUUUGCCUCAACUCCUCCUCCACAGCAUUUGGGAAACUCUUUGCCAUCGUUUAAAAGUUCCACUCCCAAAGUCAAAACAUCAAGAAAAUGGUCCAACAGCCUUCGUAUUGGAAGGUCUUGACUCGUCGGAAACCUUUGUCCCAGGAGAGUGGCGAUGGCGAGGGAAAACUGAAUCGUGUCUUGGGCUUGUAUGAUCUCACAGCCUUGGGUGUGGGUUCCACAUUGGGCGCCGGUGUCUAUGUACUGGCUGGGCAAAUUGCCAAAGAUCAAGCUGGCCCCUCGGUUAUACUUUCGUUUGCCAUAGCCGCAUUGGCAUCGCUCUUAGCAGGUGUCUGCUAUGCUGAAUUUGGCGCCCGUGUACCCAAAGCCGGCUCAGCGUAUGUCUAUAGCUAUGUGUGCAUUGGAGAGUUUGCCGCUUUUGUCAUUGGCUGGAAUCUGAUAUUGGAAUACAUGAUUGGCACGGCAGCGGUGUGUCGCGGCAUCAGCUUGUAUCUGGAUACAUUGAUCAACGACACCUUGAAAACUACUUUCGCUGAAAUAUCACCAAUGAAUGCCUCAUUUUUGGGUAGUUAUUUCGAUUUCUUUGCAUUCGGAUUGGUGGUGGUGUUUGGAGUGGCCCUUGCUUUCGGCGUGGAAACAUCGGCAAUUGCCAAUAACUUUUGCACCUGUCUGAACCUGUUCAUUUUGGUUUUUGUCAUUGUUGCUGGAGCCAUCAAAUCAAGCUGGUCCAACUGGACCAUUGAUCCCAGCACUACAAAUACCACAAAUCUACCCGAGGGCACCGAUCUGGGUUUGGGCGGUUUCUUUCCAUUCGGUUUCACUGGCACCUUGAAGGGAGCUGCCACUUGUUUCUUUGGUUUUGUGGGCUUCGAUUGCAUAGCCACAACGGGUGAGGAGGUACGCAAUCCAAGGAAAAACAUUCCUCGUUCCAUUUUACUAUCACUGCUGGUCAUAUUCCUGUGCUACUGUGGUGUUUCGACUGUCCUUACGCUGAUGGUGCCCUAUUACCUGCAAGAUGCCAAUGCUCCUUUGCCCAGUGCCUUUAAGGAGGUGGGCUGGAAUUUCGCCAUGUGGAUAGUAUCGAUUGGUGGCUUGGUUGGUCUAUUGGCCAGUUUAUUUGGUGCCUUGUUUCCACUGCCCAGAGUAAUGUAUUCCAUGGCUCAGGAUGGUUUGUUGUUUCGCUUCUUGGGGCGCAUACAUCCACGUUACAGAGUGCCGGUAAUUGGGUCCAUCUUUGCAGCAAUACUAACCGCAUUAAUUGCCGGCUUAUUUGAUCUGGCCCAAUUGGUGAAUCUUCUGUCGAUCGGUACUCUAUUGGCCUACAGUGUUGUGGCCAUAUCCAUUACCAUCCUCCGAUACAUGGACAAUUCCGAGACGUUUGGCAGCCAUGAAAUAAUUGCUGAAAACGGCCAUGCCAAUGGUGGUAAUCACAGCCAUGUGAACGGCAAUGGCAAUGGCCACAAUGUCUCGGAACAUUCCUUGUUGACUUCCAAAGGCGAACGGGCCACAUUUAAGUCAGUAUUAUUGCAGUUAUUUAACUGUCGCCGAGUUGAUGUACCCAAUGCACUGACCACCCGAAUUGUGGGUAGUCUCAUCACAUUGUUUUGUUUUCUAUCCAUGGGCAUUGGUCUGAUAUUUAUGCAGGCCUAUGAUGCCUUGAUCAACAACCAACUUUGGGUUUUAGUAUUGCUGAUCGUUUUGGUGGUAUUCACUUUGCUGGUGCUUAUUGCGAUAUGUUUACAGCCUCGAGAGGCCUAUGCCCGAGUCUUCAGAGUACCGCUUGUCCCCUUGGUGCCUGCCAUCAGUAUAUUUAUCAACAUAUAUUUAAUGCUACAGCUGGACGUAAUGACGUGGAUCAGAUUUGGCGUCUGGAUGGCCAUUGGUAUACCUAUGUUUAUUGCAUGUUGGUGCAUGUAUGAUAUAAAAAAUCCCGCCAAGAGACACCCUGAACGCGUGGAAUUCGAGAGAUUGCUCAAAUCCAGUCGGGGUGGUCCGGGCAUAGCCGAUAAUUUCAAAGCCGUGUCAAAUGUCUCCACCGCCACAACGGUGGUGAUGCAGCAGAACGAACGCUCCGUCAAGAGUUUGGAUGAAAUAAUGGACAUGAAUGAGGUCAGUGAUGACCUGAUGGUCAUCAAGCAGCCCAAUGGCCAAAUAAACUAUGUGGAGGACACCAAAAGUGACAAGUCCCACAGCUCGGUCCAAGCUGCCAAAGAGCCAGGCGAAUUAACGAUUGCGCCAGUGGCCACUAAAAUGGACACGACAACCGAAGAGGAGAAAUCUGUCAUAGCCAUGUUGGAUGAUGUCCUGCAAACUGAGGAUGACGGUCUGUACGACACCCCAUUCUAUGAUCGUAAGAUUAGUGUCGAUUCUGAAAUGGUGCCCAGUGUGAUCAGAAGUACCACAGUGGCCACUGUGCAUAGUAGCAGUAGUGAUAGUUCUGAAAUAGAGGAGGGCACAGAGGACAACAUUACACCCCCCAGUGUGGAUUCAGGAAUACAGGAAAACUAUCAGGAGAAACAAAAAAUAGCCAUGGAAUUGGUGGAAGAAAUUCUGAAUAGUCCUCGGCUGUGGAUGGCCUUGGAAAAGCAUCAAGAGGAGCAGAAGCGAAAGCAACUGGCCAGUGAUAUGCCCAGUUCCAUUUCUCCUGAACAUCGUGCCCAGUCUGUGGAGUCUUUACACUCAGUGGCCUCCGUGGAAGAUCCUUUGCACUCGGAGAGGUUUCGCAAUAAAUUGAGUCAAUUGAUAAUGAAACCACCAGAACCCAAACCCCCUAAAGAAUCCACGACCGCAGAUGAAUUUACCAAUGAGCGACCCAAACUCAAACAUUCCAAAAGCGAAGCGGAUGUUAGAAAAUUAGUUUUAAAAGCCAUCGAAGGCUGCGAUAUCGACAUCGACAAUGACCCUCAAGCGGGCACAACAAGCUCCCAACAAAACAUACCCAAACCUCCCAAAUUCGAUCCGGUGCUUUAUAAAACCAUUAACACUCUGGGUCGACAAAGGGAGCGUCCUAGCCUAGAUAAACUCCUGAGGCAGGACGAACAGUCCAAACCCAGGAUAUUUGUGGAGUUAAGUGAACCACAAUCCAACGACGGAGAAGAAGUUCCUUUCAAACAAAAACUAGAGGCCAUCUUGAAACGUGGCCCAUCUCACAAAACCCAAACCAAACCCGAAGUGGAAGUUCGCAGACCCAGAUCUGCCGAACCCCACCAACAACAAGAAGAGGAGAAGCCGCAGGCUCCCCGAGAGAAUUUAACCAAGUCACAAAGCAAUCUCAAUGCACUAUCGGCCAGCAUGAUCAAUGAAACUCGUAGAACGUUAAGAUCGGUCAAACAGAAACAGACGACCGAAUUAUAACAUUAACCCGGCUUUCUAAAUUAGCAAAUCUUUAACUAAUCCAGCACCUCAAACCACCUAACCUCAAAAAGUUAACACAAACGAAAUGCAUGAAGCCCCCGUUUGGCAUGGUUACAAAAAAAACAAACAAACAAAACACAGCAACAACAACAACACAAACCAAACUAGUCCUUAACUCCUUAAUGUCUCAAAACCGUUAUCUUAUUUAUUUCUCCUCUUUCUUCCAAUCCCCCACGAUUGAUGCACAGGUCUGGCCAUUUACUUCUUUUACGGUCUUCCCAACAGCUACAGGGACCUGAAGAGACAGCGUCUGGGCUGGCAAAAGUUAAAAUACAGUGAAUAUUUUUAGGCACUCCAAAGAGCGCUGCCAAGCAAAAGCAUCCGCUGACAACUGGUGAGGCUUUCCACCGCUCUUCAAUCCGGCCAUCGGGAAAUGGGAAGAGUCUGUUUUCAGAAUGGCAAAUUGAUGCAUGUCCUGUAUUUGUCAUCAUAUUCAUUUUGGAAUCAGAUUUAGAAUUAAGAUGUGCGCAUGUGUGCGUGUGUGUAGAUUUAGAAACUGUUUGUAUAGAACUAAGUUUUAAACAAUAGCAACAAAAACAAACAACAUAUUGUGUAAGUUUUUCUUUUUGGUCUGAAUAAAACAAAAUGUGUGUCAUAUUUAAGAAGAGACAGAA